AUGACAAAAUUCUCAAAGACUAAUGAACCCAUUGCGGUGGUCGGCACUGCGUGUCGUUUUCCCGGCGGUUGUAACACACCUUCCAAGCUUUGGGAUCUGGUAUGCUCAUCCCGAGAUGUCCUGCAGAAGGUGCCGCCGGCUCGGUUUAAUGUGGACUCAUUCUACCACUCUGAUCCGACGCACCAUGGCACUACCAACGUCACACAGAGUUACUUUCUCGAUGAGGAUGUUACAAAGUUUGACAAUGGCUUCUUUGGCAUUCAGCCUAUGGAGGCUGAGGCUAUGGACCCUCAGCAGAGAUUGUUGCUGGAGACUGUCUAUGACUCUGUUGUUGACGCAGGCUUGGCGAUGGAGGACUUGAAGGGCUCAGAUACAUCAGUAUUUGUGGGACAGAUGUGUGACGACUGGGCCCAAAUGCUUGCUAAAGACUGGGACGACAUUCCCACCUACAUGGGCACUGGCGUUUCUCGCGCUGUGAUGUCCAAUCGUGUAUCAUAUUUUGUUGUAACAUUUGACUGGCACGGCCCCUCCAUGAGCAUCGACACAGCAUGCAGCUCAAGUCUGGUUGCAGUGCACGAAGCAGUCAGGACUCUGCGUAGCGGCGAGUCCAACGUUGCAGUCGCUGCAGGUGCAAAUCUCAUCUUGCUUCCUGGCAUGUACAUCUGCGAGAGCAAGCUGCGCAUGAUUUCGCCCACAGGCCGUAGUCGCAUGUGGGAUGCUAACGCCGAUGGAUAUGCUAGAGGCGAGGGAUUUGCCUCGGUUAUCUUGAAGACGCUGAGUCAGGCGCUGGCGGAUGGAGAUCCGAUCGAGUGCAUUAUUCGUGAGACUGGUGUGAACCAAGAUGGCAAAACCCCAGGCUUGACUGUGCCCAGCAACAUUGCUCAAACAGCUCUCAUUCGCGAUGUCUAUCAACGGGCUGGCUUGGACAUUGCCAAGCUCUCAGACCGUCCUCAGCUCUUCCACGCCCAUGGAACAGGCACCAAAGCCGGAGAUCCCAAAGAAGCUGAGGCCAUUUCUAGAGCAUUCUUUGGCGACGAUCAACCUCGCGAUGAGAAGCUCAGCGUCAUCUCCAUCAAGACCCAGAUUGGUCACACGGAGGGCACAGCGGGUCUUGCGAGUCUGCUCGGGACCAUGAUGGCGAUGAAGAAUUCUACUGUGCCUCCAAACAUGCACUUCGAGACACUCAACCCUGAUAUUGAGCCCUUUUAUAGCAAUCUCGAAGUUCCGACUUCUGCAAAGGCCUGGCCUGAUGUACAUGGGAGCGUCAAACGCGCUAGUAUUAACAGUUUUGGCUUUGGUGGUACCAAUGCUCAUGCGAUUCUGGAGAGCUACGAGCCUGCUCUUCAUAACCAGGCUGUAGCGACCACUGAAGCAGCGUCUCCUCGUCUGUAUACACCACUUCUGUUCUCCGCCAACAGCGAGAAGGCCCUCAAAGAAGUACUCUCCUCGUAUUUGAGCUUCUUGGAAGAGCGAUAUGAGACAAACAUGUCCGAUCUGGCUUGGACCUUACACAACAGACGCUCAACACUACCUUACAGGAGUAGCGUGGUUGUCCCUGCUGGUUACGGAAAUCCUCAAGAAGCUCUGCACCGAUCCUCGAGUAUCGCUGCACCUAAGAUUCUUGGUGUCUUCAGUGGUCAGGGCGCUCAAUGGCCUCGCAUGGGCGCUGCACUUCUUGAGUCAUCUGCUUGGGCUCGCGGCAAGAUCGCCGAGCUCGAUAGCUAUCUUGCCGAGCUUCCUGCUUCGGACGCGCCCGACUUCACACUCGAGUCCGAGCUGCUUGCCUUCAAGGAGACUAGUCGUGUCGCUGAGGCCGCCAUCUCGCAGCCUCUCUGCACUGCUGUUCAAGUCCUUCUUGUUGAUCUCAUCCGCGAACUGGCAGGCAUUCAGCUCAGCGCUGUGGUCGGUCACUCUUCUGGUGAGAUCGCAGCAGCAUACGCCGCUGGCUUCAUGACUCGUCGCGCGGCCAUCGUGACUGCUUACUACCGCGGCCGCUACGCCAAACUCGCUGGGUCGCCGUCCUCCAGCGAGAUCAAGGGCGCUAUGGCAGCAAUCGGAACAGACGAAGCUGACGCACUCGAGUUCUGUGCGCUUGAGGAUAAUGCCGGUCGUAUCACUGUCGCAGCUGUGAAUGCACCCUCGAGCGUCACUCUCUCUGGUGAUGAGGAUGCUAUUGAAGAGGCCAUCGCUGUCUUCCAAGACGAAGGCAAGUUUGCGAGACGACUCAAGGUUGAUACAGCGUAUCACUCUAGUCACAUGCAGGCUGCAGCAGGACCGUAUCUUGAGGCUCUGCAGAGAAGCGGUGUUCGUUUUGAUGAAGAAGUCAUUUCUAAACAGCGGCCUCUCUGGUUCUCCAGUACCAAGGUUAAUGCUGCGCCCAUGAAGCGGGAGAACUUGAGUCCUCAGUACUGGAUUGACAAUAUGGUCAAGCCGGUAAUGUUCGCACCAGCACUUGAUUGCGCGCUAGCGCAUUCGGGACCCUUUGACAUGGCCCUGGAACUGGGACCUCAUCCUGCACUCAAAGGCCCUGCUCUGGAGAGCCUUGGAAGUGGUACACCAUACCAAGGUGUCCUUACUCGUGGAAAGGACGACGUCGAGAGUGCCGCCGAUUGCUUCGGCGCUGUCUGGCGCAAUCUGGGUCGCGGCCAUGUCGACUUUGCCUCGAUUGACGCUACACUCUCUGGUCGCGCAUCAACACCCACUGUGGUCAGAGACCUUCCACCAUAUCCUUUCUCGGCGGACUCUCAGGUCUUCUGGUCGGAGUCUCGUUUCUGCGCUGCCCUUCGUCAAAUGGAUGAGCCCGUCCAUCCAAUUCUCGGUCGCCGUAUGGUCGAGAACAGUGUUCCAGGCAUGACCCAAUGGCGCAACAUUCUUCGCGCUCGCGAGAUUCCCUGGCUCCGUGGCCAUCGUCUUCAAGGGCAAGUCAUCUUCCCCGGCUGUGGAUAUGCAGCUAUGGCUCUUGAAGCGGCGAUGAUCCUGGUGCGAGAUCUCAAGGACUCUCCGACCGUGAAAUUGUUGAGUCUUUAUGAUCUUACCAUGGAUCAGGCGAUUGUCUUCAAUGAUGACAGUUCAAGUGUUGAGACACUUGUUACUAUGAAGACUGUUGAGAGUAGCCAUGAUGAGCUCGUCAUUGACUUCGUCUGCUGCUCUUAUCACACUCACGGACUGGCACCAGCUGUUACAGCUACUCACGCCCACGGUCGGGUCGUCGCUCGUCUUGGUGCUCCUUCAGCAGAUGCCAUUCCUGGUCAGACCGCCCAGGACCCGUCUCGUCAAUUCAAUCUCGCGCCAAUUGAGAUCGACCGCUUCUACACUGAGCUAGCCAAGCACGGUUACCAGUACUCCCCUCCCUUCAAGGGCAUUGUCGAGAUUGAGCGCAAGUCCGACUUUGCGAUCGGAAAGAUUGUUGACCAGUCUGGGCCUGAAUGGGAAGACCAAGUCACUCUAGCUCAUCCUGGCCUUAUGGACUCUGGUGUCCAGACUGUUCUCGCUGCAAUGGCUGCGCCUGGCGAUGGCCGUUUGUGGUGCCUACAAAUGCUGGUGGGCAUUGAUGCGAUCCACGUCAAUCCUUAUUUCGCGUCAGCUACUCGAGGCGCGACUAUGGCUUGGGAAGCCAGUACCACGCUUGGUGAGGAUGCGGAUUCUCUGGGUGAGGCCGUUGGCGAUAUGAAGAUGCUUUCGCCUGAUGGCCAACAAGCCUACAUCGCGGUCGAGGGCGCCAGAAUGAGGCCAUUCACGCCCGCUACUUCUGCCAACGACUCUCCUCUCUUCUCGACCUGGGUCUAUGGUCCUUCUGAGCCCGAUGGUGUGCUGGCGUCGCGCGUCAAUCGCCCUCAAGAGGUGGCUGAUGCAGAGAUUCGCUCAGCCGACAACCUUGACAGACUGUCAUUAUUCUACGUGCGACGUCUCGCUGAGCUUAUCCCGGCUGGCUCAAGGGCUCGCGAUGAGGCUCAAGAGCACUUCAAGCGCCUUCUCACUUGGUGCGACCACGUUAUUGGUCUCGUCAGUCGCGGAGAACAUCACUUCCUGACUCCAGAGAUGAUGAACGACACCCAAGCUGAGGUCGAUCGUCUUCUGGAGGAGUAUGCCAAAUCCAACGACUUCAGACUCACCCACGCCGCAGCCAAGGCUCUUCUUGAAGUCGUCCCUGCCAACGAAGGCAAUGUGCACGAGUAUCUUACCAAGGAUAACAUGCUGAAUCGGUACUACGAGGAGACCCUUCGCUACGAAGCAAGUGACCAGAAGAUGUAUAAUAUGAUGCGCCAACUUGCCCACAUCUACCCCCAGAUGCGUGUCCUUGAAGUCGGCGCAGGUACUGGUGGUGCGACAUCGCAUGCUCUGCCCGCCAUUGACGGUGCCUUCUCGGUCUACACCUUCACAGACAUCUCGACUGCCUUCUUUGACAAAGCAGAGGAGAAGUUCAAGGACUAUUCCGGUCGUAUUAACUUCAAGGCUCUCGAUAUGAACAACAGUAUCGAAGAGCAAGGUUUUACUGAGUCUUCUUAUCACGUCGUGAUGGCUGGCAUGGCCCUGCACGCAACUGGAGAUGUCGAGGGAGCUCUUCGCAAUAUCCGUCGUCUUCUGAAGCCCGGCGGUCGUCUCAUUGGCUUCGAGAACAUCAACAAUGAUGCCGUGCGAUUGGGUAUUGGUAUGGGUGGCUUUGCUGCCUGGUGGUCUGGAGCUGAGUAUGGUCGCCCUUGGGGUCCCAUGUUGACGCUUGAGCAGUGGGACGAUGCUCUGAAGAGGACGGGCUUCACUGGUGUCGAUACGCAUACUGUCGGCCACAAUCAGACCCAGCCAAUGUGUCUCUGGGUCUCAAUGGCAAGAGAUGAGAAGGUUGAUCUUUUGAGAGAACCACUCACUAUUGUUCCUGAGAAGCAGCAGAGCUUGGUGGUUGUCGGCGGAAAGUCUCUUGGUACAAUGGACCUUGUUGAGAAGACCAAGUCUCUUGUCGCCCCAUUCUACCAGACCACAAGCCACUUUAGGUCCGUUGAAGCUCUCAACGAUAUCACUGAAGACCAAUUCCCCGAAGGCUCUUCUGUUCUCUGCCUGACUGAGCUCGAUGAACCUGUUCUCCGCACCGUCACAGACCCCAAGCUCGAUGGUCUCAAGACCCUCUGGGCUCGAGGCCGCAACAUCCUCUGGGUUACCAAGGGCGCAGCAUCAGAGCAACCUUACAAUAACAUGGUAGUCGGUCUCGCGCGAUCAAUCCGCCAAGAGUACCCUAGCCUCACCCUCCAGACAGUUGAUCUCGACAACGCGACCGUUGGUGACGGAUCAUGGGUGCCUUAUUUCGUCGCCAGUGCUCUGAGACGUAUUGAACUUCUUGAUAAGUGGAAGCGCGAAGAGAUUGCCAACGGCGCUGAUCUGAACGACAAACUUCAAUGGACUCAAGAGUCCGAGGUGCGAGUCGUUGAGAAGAGGACUUACAUGCCGCGACUGAACGUCAACAAGGAAUUGAACCAUCGCUUCAACUCAAUCCGUCGUAUCAUCCAUGAGGAAGUUGAUCCUCAGUCACCCAAGACUUCAUUCAGUCUCAAUGCCAGCGCCAAUGCGCCACUGGCAGCUCCAGUCAUCGGGCAGAUCUCGCCUCUUCGUGUCCAGCCCGAGACCGAUACUGCUGUUCCAAGCUACGAGGUUCACAUCCGAAAGUCACUCCUCCAGGCAUUGAGGAUCGGCACAUUGGGUUACUUCCGUCUUUGCGUUGGCGAUGCUGAUGGUAAGCGGGUUCUCGCUUUGACACCUUCUGCUGAGACACCAGCGACGGCGCCCCAGGACCUUACGGUCGCUCUUCCAGCUGGUACUUCGGAGGAAAUAUCUUCAAUGGCUCUGUUGUCGACGGCGGCGCACCUUGUCGCUGCUCAGAUUGCAGCCUUGGUCCCUCAGCAGAAGGGCAGCCAUAUCGUCAUCCACGAGGCAGAUCCUUUGGUGCGUGCUGCAAUCAUGAACUUGUUCGAGUCACAUCCCGCACCAUCCUGGCACGUCAGCUUCACUGGUUGCCUGGUAGAAGGUCAGCAGCCUCAAGAUCUCCCCGGCAAGACCACUUGGCUGGCGCAGGAGAUGUCAUCUCGUGCUAUCAGGAAGGUCCUCCCUGCUUUGACUACCUCCUCGCUCCUGGUCGACUUCUCACCUCCCAACAGUCCUUCCGCGAUUGUUGCGUCUGCCAUGGCUGAAUGCCUUCCAUGGUACGCUCGGGCGGAGAAGUCGUUGAUCCGAAACCGCGUUGAGGUUCGCCCAGGCGAUCUAGCAGAUGCAAAGGCUGCGCUCCAAGCUGCCUGGAGCAAGGCAAGCAGCAUGGUUAUUGAAGCUCGCGAUCGUGAGACUAUUCCGCUCAACCACAUCGAGGCCUUCACUGCACCAACUGGCCAGUCGCUACACCUUGUUGAUUGGGCCACUCCAUCAGUGCCAGUGCGCGUUCAUCCUCUCGACCAUCACACCAACAUCUUCCGAUCAGACAAGACAUACCUUCUCGUCGGUCUCUCAGGCGAGAUGGGUCAAUCGUGCUGUGAAUGGAUGGCCGCUCAUGGAGCCCGAUAUGUCGUGUUGACCAGUCGCUAUCCCAAGGUCGAUCAGCGAUUUAUUGACAACAUGGAACAAGCUGGCGUCACUGUCGUCGCUCGUAAACUUGACAUCACUAGCAAGGAAUCACUUCAUUUGUGCUACCAGGCCAUCACCCGCACACUGCCACCGAUCGCUGGUGUCGCCAACGGUGCUAUGCUUCUGCAGGAUGUUCUCUUCAAGGACAUGGAUGCUGCCAAUCUGAACAAGGUCCUUGCGCCCAAGGUCAAUGGCAGUAUUUACCUCGAUGAGCUAUUUGCCGACACCAAGCUGGACUUCUUCCUCAUGUUCAGCUCAGCAGCUAGUAUCGUCGGAUCUCGAGGCCAAGCCAAUUACGCCGCUGCGAACAUGUUCAUGGCCUCCCUCGUCAACAAUCGUCGCAAGCGCGGUCUCGCAGCGUCCAUCAUCAACAUCAGCGCUCUCAUUGGUCUCGGCUACAUUGAGCGACAGAAGAUCUACGACGCGAGCUUCUUCAAGGACAUUGGUAUCGCCAAUACCUCGGCUCAAGGUCUUCACCAGCUCAUCGCAGAAGCCAUUCUCGCUGGCCAGCGCUUCGGUCCUGAUGAGGAUAUUGAGGGCGGUGAAAUCUCACAGGGAAUUAUGCCUCAAUUCUCCGAUGAUGAGCACAAGUCAUUCUUCAUCCAUGACUCCAAGUUCAGCAACAUGCUGAUUGAACGAGUCGACGGCGAUGCAGAUGUCGAUGCGUCAGGUAAUGCAGCUGCGGUGUCCCUUAGUCGCCAAUUGAAGCGUGUCACAAGCAAGGACCAGGCCUUGAGGGUCAUUACUGAUGCUUUUACUUUGAAGCUGAAGAAGAUGCUGCGCAUUCCUGCAGAGACUGACGUCCCCGAGUCGCUGGCUUUGGUGGACCAAGGUGUUGAUUCGCUUGUUGCUGUGGACGUGCGAUCGUGGUUCUUGAAGGAACUCGAUACCGACAUGCCUGUUCUCAAGAUUCUGGGUGGUAACUCAAUUCUUGAUCUCGCAAGUGAUGCCCUGGAGCGAAUUCCCAAGGCUCUUCUCGACCUGGACCGCGACGAUGACGAGGCAAGCAAUGAAGCGCAGCCAGUUAGCGACAAGAAGCUCACUGAACCUCCAACCUCAAGCUCUAGCUCAGACGUCGUGACUGGCGACUCCGACGCUGUCUCGCAAAGCUCAGCGACAGAUGUUUCCACAACCGCAAAGAGCACAGCGGGAGCUGACACGGCAAGCAUCCCCCCAUCCCUAAACAACAUGAAGAAUAACAAUGGAUUGGACGACAGGCAUAAGCGAGAGCUCGAAGACGAGGUAGCGAAAAAGCGCCGUGCAGAUGAAGAAGCGGUGGUUGCGGAGAGGCGGGAGGAGAUUGUGAAGAGUUCGAGUGAGAUUGUCGAUGAGAUGUCUCUUGUUCAGAGUCGCUUUUGGUUCCUUACUACGGCGUUGGAGGACAAAACUACGUUUAAUGUUACGAUUUCGGCGCAUUUGAAGGGUAGGGUUGACGUUGGGAAGUUUGAGAGGGCGUUGGAGGGUGUUGCGAAGAGGCAUGAGAUUUUACGGACGAGAUUCUUUUUUGGAGGCAAGUCCCUCGAGACGCCCAUGCAAGGCGUUCUCUCCAGGCCGACUGUGCAUCUCGCAUCGCGACACAUCAAUAGCAAGGAGGACGUUGAGCAGGAGAUGGAAUGGCUUCACUCUCACCCUUGGAACCUCGGCGAUUGGGAAACCAUCAAACUCUCACUUCUUUCCCAAUCUGAUACUGAGCACUGGCUAGUGUUAGCUUUCCAUCACAUCGCCUUUGAUGGGUACAGUCUCGAGAUCUUCUGGCGCGACCUGGCAAAAGCCUACAACGCCAACGGAUCGAUUCCGACACUGCCUGAUGCGAAGCAGUAUCGAGCUUACAUUGCCAAGCAACGUCGACAGAACCUGUCUAAGCCAUUCGAGUGGAGAAAGGCGAUUGAGUAUUAUCGCAAGCUCAUCAUGCCUGAGCCGGAGCCACUCCCUCUGCUGCCUUUUGCAAAGGUCAGCCAUAGGAAGUUACUCGAGAACUACAGUUGCUACAACGCGGAGAUCACUCUUGAGCCUUUGGAAGCAGCGCGUAUCAGGAAGCUUGCCAAGGCCAAUCACUCAACCCCAUUCCACGUCUACGUCGCAGCUCUUCAGACUCUGCUCUUUGGUCUGAUGCCCGACUCUGUGGAUCGCUUGUUCAUCGCGAUGGACGACACCAACAGACUCGACAAAGACUUUAUGGAUACCAUUGGUCUGUUUGUCAACACUCUCUUCCUCCGCUUUGAUCGCACCGACUACAACAAACUCUCCUUCUUAGAUGCCGUCAAAGCCGCUCGCACAAAGACCUACAAGGCCCUGGAACAUUCCGUUCUUCCGCUCGAUGUUCUCCUCAAAGAGCUAUGCAUCACGCGUCAUGGCGAUGCAGUACCCGUAGCGCAAAUCCUGAUUGACUACCGCGUUUCGCACAAGGAGUGGUUCAGACUUGGUGAUUGCAAGGCUGAGAUGGGCACAGGGCGAGCAGAGCGCCAAGGUAGUGAUCUUGCAUUUUACAUCCUUGACGACUCUGAUGAACAGAAUGGCGGGAGUGUUCGAGUUGGUGUCGAGGUUCAAUCGACGUUGUAUGAUAGGGAGCAUGCUGAGAUGCUUAUCCGGGCCUAUGCCAAUCUUUUGAGAAAGGUUACGGCGGAUGAAGCUGGUCCGAAGAUGACACUCAAGUCGCUGCCGCCGUGGAACGAGGAUGACUUGUCUAUUUCUCUGGGUCCUACGAUUGAUGCUUGGCCCAACGCCGACACGCUCUCCCAUCGCAUUGACACCAUGAUCCACGAGAAUCCAACCGCGGCGGCACUUGACGAUGAGACGAGCCAAUUGACCUACGAGCAAAUGGGCCGUCGCAUCGAUGAGAUUGCCGCUUCUUUGACUUCCGCUGGUUUGAGGGAGAGUGACUUCAUCGGUGUAUUCCAAGAAACUGGUGUUGACUGGAUCUGCUCGAUGCUUGCAAUUCUCAAGCUCGGCAUGACCUACGUGCCCUUGUAUCCCCCCAUCGGGAUGCCUCGAUUGGCGGCCAAUGUGCAAGUCGCUCAACCCCAGGCAGUUCUGGUUGACGACUCUACGGCCAACAAAUUUGAUCAAUUGGGAACUCAAUCCGCCCAGAUGAUCCACGUUCCCAUCGCUGGAUCUUCUACCACUGAAGUCCCGAUUCGCGCUCGGCCAGGUCAGAAGGCCAUGAUCCUCUGUACCAGCGGUUCAACUGGCAUUCCCAAGGCCGUCGUCCAUACAAAUCGAAGUCUCAAGGCUCUCGUUGAACCGCACGCCAUAGUCCAAGAACAGGACAAACCCAGCUACGCUGCACGAGUCCUCCAACAGAGCGCUUUCAGCUUUGAUCUGUCAAUUGACCAGACGAUGCUUGCGCUCUGUAACGGCGGUUGUGUCUUUGUCGUUCCCAACUCGAAGCGCGGCGACCCUCUUGGUACAGUCGAUAUGAUUGCUCGACACAACAUUACUUAUACGAUGUGCACGCCGUCCGAGUAUAGCAUCUGGCAUCGCUUUGCUCGAGACCGUCUUCUUGAUUGCAGAUCAUGGGAGAAUGCGUCCUCAUCGGGUGGCCCUCUGUCAACCGCGCUUGUUCGCGCAUUUGCUGGUCUUGAACUUCCUCAUCUCAGAGUCUUCAAUCAUUGUGGUCCGACCGAGACAACUGUCACCAACAGGGUUGAACUCAACUUUGCUGACUACGCUGAGGGUGAGAAGGCACAGAUGCGAUACGUCACUGACGUUGGCUUCCCUUGUGCCAAUUACUCUACCUACAUCGUCGACGAGAACAUGAAGCUCGUUCCACGCGGUUAUCCUGGCGAGAUUGUGGUAGGCGGUGCUGGUGUCGCAGAUGGCUAUCUUGGACGCCCGGAUCUUACCAAGGAGAAGUUCAUUACAGAUCCAUGGACAUCGUCGAAGGAGUGGAAGAUCAUGUAUCGCACCGGCGAUCGUGGUAAACUUCGUGCGAACGGUAUGGUCGAUAUAUUGGGUCGUAUCGAAGGUGGCACCCAGGUCAAGCUGCGAGGCUAUCGCAUUGAGUUGGGUGACGUCGAGAGUGCUAUUUUGAGUGCAGCCCAGGGCGUUCUGUCAGAUGCUGUUGUGACUCUACGAUACCUUGAGGAUCGUCAUGAGGAUCACGAUGAUGAUGGUUUCCUUGUCGCGCAUGUCGUUGUCGCUGACAAGAGUCUUCGUCGUCCUGAAGUAGAGUCCUUCUUGCGCAAGAUCGUUUCGAAGCUCCCUUUGCCUCAUUACAUGCUUCCAGCCUUGAUGCUACCAAUUGAUCGCUUCCCAUUGACAGCGCAUCAGAAGCCUGACCGCAAUGCGAUCGCAGCCCUUCCUCUACCUGCCUUCACUCCGGCCACGGCCAAUGAUGCCGUUGCUGAAGAGGGCAGUCUGGAGUCGGAGACACAGAAAAGCAUUGCAAAAAUGUGGAGGUCUCUGGUCCCAGCAAGCGCAUCUGCUGCCAUCACAGCAGACACCGACUUCUUCCACGUCGGCGGAAGCUCAUUGCUGCUGAUCAAGCUUCAGGGCAUGAUCAGGAAGGAGUUCAACGUGUCGCUAAGGCUUUUGAACCUCAUGGCUGCUAGUAAGCUUCGGGAGAUGGCUGCGCUGGUGAACGAUGAGGUCAGUGGUGGUGACAUUAAUUGGGAGAGUGAGACCAAUAUUCCCGAUGAAUGGCUGAGCGUGACGCAAGUCGCUUCGCAGAAGUUGAAUGGUCCUGUUCGAGUUCUUGUCACUGGCGCGACUGGGUUCUUGGGGCGAAACUUGAUGUCCCAUCUUGCCAAGGCCUCUCAAGUGUCUGAGAUACACUGUCUUGUCCGCGACGCGUCAAUCACAGAGACCAGCGACAAAGCCACUCUCUGGCGUGGAGAUCUAAGCCAACCAAGCCUGGGUCUUUCUGACAAUGACUUGACGCGUCUCAGCAACAGUGUCGACGCGAUCAUCCACUGCGGUGCUAACCGUUCUUUCUGGGAUGAUUACCGUUCCCUUCGCGCCGUCAACGUUAGCAGCGUCGCGGAACUCAUUCGUCUCGCGCUUCCCUGCCGUCUUCCAGUUCACGUGUUGUCCAGUGGAGCUGUCAAACGGUAUGGAGAUGGACAUCCACCUGUUGAUGGCAGCGAUGGAUACGUCGCGUCAAAGUGGGCUGCUGAAGGGUUGUUGCGUGAUGCUGCGAAGCGAGCUGGAUUGCCUGUGUUUAUUCACCGCCCAGCACCAGCAUUGACUGCUACCGAGACUGCCGAUGAGGAUACCAUCACGUCAGAUGAGCUUCUUCGUCUCGCGAAAGCCAUUUCUCUGCGCCCCGAUCCAACAGGUCUGAAUGGCACGGGUCAUUUCGCGCCAAUUGAUCAGAUCUCGAGCCGCAUCGUCGACGCGCUUCUCCGGUCCUCUGCCCAACCACAAGACAGGGCACAAAUUAUCGAGCACGCGGGUAUAAAGACUUUGAGCAUGGGUGAAUUUGCGAACCUCUGUGAGAAAUUACCAGAGUUGAAGGAGCUUCCCACUGCAAAGGUGCUCCAAUGGUUUGGUCAAGCGAAGAAGCAGGGAUUGAAGCAAUUUUUGACGGCGCUGGACGUGGAGUUUAGCGAUGACAAGGGUGACACUGCGGUGAUGAGCAGAUGA